AUGGAAAACUUCACCUACAACAGCUUCACGUUGCAGGUGGAAGGCUUGAAGUUGUCCAAAGUCCUGGUGUAUCCGGCUUUUUUCUUCUUCUUCUUCUCCUACAUGUUUAUUAUGGUGACAAACAUCGGCAUUGCUGUUCUGGUUUUCCUGGACAAGAACCUCCACCAGCCGAUGUACCUGCUGUUCUGCAACCUGCCCAUUAAUGACAUUGUGGGAAACUCCAUCAUGGUUCCCCGGCUGCUCUCCGACAUCCUGCUGCCUCCGUCCAGACGCCUCAUCAGCUACUACGAGUGCGUGGUCCAGGCGUUCACCACCCACAUGUUCGGCACCACCUCCCACACCAUCCUCAUGAUCAUGGCGUUCGACAGGUACGUGGCCAUCUGCAACCCGCUGCGCUACGCCUCCAUCAUGACCAACAGGAUGGUGCUGAAGCUGACGGUGUCGGCCUGGGGGGUGGCGAUGCUUUGGGUCGCGGUUCUGCUCGGUCUGACCAUCCGGCUGAACCGCUGCCGGACUCUGAUCAUGAACCCGUACUGUGACAACGCCUCGCUGUUCAAGCUGUCCUGUGAGAGCGUGUUCAUCAACAACGUGUACGGACUCGUUUUCACCGUGGUUCUGUUCACCGCCUCCAUCGGCACCAUGGUUCUGACCUACACCAAGAUCACCGUGGUCUGUCUGACCAGCAGGAACAAGUCUCUGAACAGCAAGGCCCUGAAGACCUGCAGCACUCACCUGGUGGUGUAUGUGGUUCUGAUGCUCAGCGGGUUUAUCGUCAUCAUUCUGCACCGGUUCCCUCAGUACUCGGACUACAGGAAGUUCUCCGCCAUCCUGCUGCACAUCAUCCCCAGCAGCCUGAACCCCAUCAUCUACGGCGUCCAGUCUGCAGAGAUCUGCAAGUCUUUGUCUAAACUAUUCAGAUCUAAACAAGUUGUGGCGUCAUUCUGA